AUGGCCGAAGUCGGCGAGGACAGCGGCGCCCGCGCCCUGCUGGCGCUGCGCUCGGCGCCCUGCAGCCCCGUGCUGUGCGCCGCGGCCGCCGCCGCCGCCUUCCCCGCGGCCGCGCCCCCGCCGGCCCCGGCGCAGCCCCCGCCCGGGCCGCCCGCAGCGUCCCCGCCGCCGCCCGCCCAGCCCCCGCCCGGGCCGCCGCCGCCGCCGCCGCCGCUGCCGCCGGGCGCCACCGCGGGCUCGGGCGCGGGCGCGGCGCCGGCCCUGGUGGCCGCGGCGGCCGCCUCGGUGCGGCAGAGCCCGGGGCCGGCACUGGCGCGCCUCGAGGGCCGCGAGUUCGAGUUCCUCAUGCGGCAGCCCAGCGUCACCAUCGGCCGCAACUCGUCGCAGGGCUCGGUGGACCUGAGCAUGGGCCUGUCGAGCUUCAUCUCGCGGCGCCACCUGCAGCUCAGCUUCCAGGAGCCGCACUUCUACCUGCGCUGCCUCGGCAAGAACGGCGUCUUCGUGGAUGGGGCCUUCCAGCGGCGCGGCGCGCCCGCCCUGCAGCUGCCCAAGCAGUGUACUUUCCGAUUUCCCAGCACGGCCAUAAAGAUCCAGUUCACAUCACUGUACCAUAAAGAAGAGGCUCCGGCAUCUCCCCUGCGGCCACUCUACCCACAGAUCUCCCCUCUAAAGAUCCACAUUCCGGAGCCGGAUCUCCGGAGCAUGGUCAGCCCCGUCCCUUCCCCGACCGGCACAAUCAGUGUCCCCAACUCCUGCCCAGCCAGUCCUCGUGGUGCCGGGUCGUCUGGCUAUCGCUUCGUCCAGAAUGUGACCUCGGACCUACAGCUGGCAGCAGAAUUUGCAGCAAAGGCCGCCUCAGAGCAGCAGGCAGACACGUCUGGAGGGGACAGCCCCAAGGAUGAGUCGAAGCCACCAUACUCCUAUGCACAGCUGAUUGUGCAGGCCAUCUCCUCAGCCCCAGACAGGCAGUUAACGCUGAGCGGGAUCUAUGCCCACAUCACCAAGCAUUACCCUUAUUACAGGACAGCCGACAAGGGCUGGCAGAAUUCUAUUCGACACAACCUCUCUUUGAACCGUUACUUCAUUAAAGUCCCACGUUCCCAGGAGGAGCCUGGAAAGGGGUCUUUUUGGCGAAUAGACCCUGCCUCAGAAGCCAAGCUUGUGGAACAGGCAUUCCGCAAACGGAGACAGAGAGGCGUCUCCUGCUUCCGCACCCCCUUUGGGCCUCUGUCCUCAAGGAGUGCUCCAGCUUCACCCACUCACCCUGGGCUGAUGUCCCCUCGUUCUAGUGGCCUGCAGACUCCAGAAUGCCUGUCUCGGGAGGGCUCACCCAUUCCACACGACCCUGACUUUGGGUCAAAAUUAGCUUCUGUUCCGGAGUAUCGGUAUUCCCAAAGUGCACCCGGCUCCCCUGUCAGUGCCCAGCCCGUGAUCAUGGCCGUGCCUCCCCGACCGUCCAAUCUAGUUGCCAAGCCCGUCACCUACAUGCCAGCGUCCAUCGUGGCCUCCCAGCAGCCCUCGGGCCAUGCGAUCCACGUUGUGCAGCAAGCUCCCACUGUCACCAUGGUCAGGGUGGUCACCACCUCUGCCAGCUCAGCUAACGGAUACAUCCUGGCCAGCCAGGGCUCUGCGGGGGGCUCCCAUGAAGUGCUAGACUUGGGCAAUGAAGCAAGAGGCUUGGAAGAGAAACCCACCAUUGCGUUUGCCACCAUCCCCGCUGCCAGCCGAGUCAUCCAGACCGUAGCCAGCCAGAUGGCCCCAGGGGUCCCUGGACACACAGUCACCAUCCUGCAGCCAGCCACACCAGUGACCAUUGGGCAGCACCAUCUUCCAGUCCGGGCCGUCACUCAGAACGGAAAGCAUGCUGUUCCCACGAAUAGUUUAGCUGGCAACGCUUACGCCCUUACCAGCCCCCUGCAGCUCCUUGCAGCCCAGGCGAGUUCGUCCACGCCAGUGGUGGUCACCAGGGUAUGCGAGAUGGGGCCUGAGGAGCCAGCAGCAGCGGUCGCAACCACCGUCACCACCACCCCAGCCACCACCACUGCCUCUGCCUCAGCCUCGGCUUCUUCCACUGGGGAGCCUGAGGUCAAAAGAUCCCGGGUGGAGGAGCCCAGUGGGACUGCGACCACACAGGCUGGGGUGAUUGCAGCCACCAGCUCCCAGGGGCCAGGCACCGGGGAGUGACGUCACCUGCACGUGGGUGGAGUGGGAUUCGCCAACAGGAACUUGGAGCUGGAUCUGACAGUGCAGAUGGACUGCACUCACGGAGCCAAGGAGGAAGGCUUUGCAGCUGCCUGCAGCGUGUGCCACACGGAGCAGCUACAUGCUUAGUCCUUUCCAUUUUAUCUCCUGUCCGCCCAUGGCUUAAAACACAAACACAUAAACAAGUUCAGACAACUGAUUGUAUGAUUCUGGGAAUUCUUUGUUUUUGUUUCCUUCUCCCUGAGCACCAUCCUCUCUCCCCAGGCCUUUCUGUCAGGGGCGAGGGGGAGAAGAUCAUAGCUCAGCGCCUCAAGGAAUGUAUCAGGACAGACCACCCACACGAAGGAGGAAGAUCCACGGCUCAGUGUCCUUGUUGAGGGCGCAGCCUUCAUCCCCUGGGAGGACUGGACAGAAACGCAGCAUGGUACCAACCAAGGCCUUCUAAGGAAGAACGAGGAUGGGGAUGCAUUCCUAUUUGUGAUAGAUUGGGACUACGCAAGAGAAAGAGGAACUGCCAAAUUGCAAACUGUUUUAGGCUGUCCUUUUCCUAAAAGUGACAUAGAAAGUAUUGGCAUUAAUUGGGAGUUUGGAGGGGAUCAGGUUUGACUUUGGACUCCAAGUAUUUCAUGUUUUGUUCAAAUGUGGAGUUCAGGCUUAAUCCUAAGUCUGAGGCGAACACAAAAGGAGUAGCACAUUUUUGAGGUUUUCGUCUGUAGACAGUUUAACAACUGUAGGUCUGGGGUUCUUACCAGCGUUAAUCCCCUCAAAGAGUAAACCUGCCGCUCCAUCUGGUAACUUCAAGAAAGAUCAAUGGCUUCCUCUGUAGGCGUCGAGGUAGAAAGUUCUGUGGAAGAAAGAUCAGUCCAGAGCCAGCAGGCUGCAGCAUGCAGGGCACAGCACUGGCUGAGCCCGGUCCACCAGUGCUCAAGGCAGAAGUAGGUUUCACGUAUUUUGCUCCAAAAACAGAAGGGCAAGCCCUGUGCUUGUGGCAGCUCUGUGCUGCCAGAUGCAGUGGGACACAGCAGCACUGGGCACAGUUGGCUCCCGCUACUUUCUCACCAAGUUGCUGUUUCCUUCCCAGCCCAGACUCUGUCUCCUGUUGUAAAUUGGAACCAUUUCUUCUGCCUGAAGCACCAGGGGCUCUGGGUCAGAUAGAGGAAGGAAACUAUCUCUCCUAGCAGCAGCUGGCAGGCAGGCUUGUGCCCCCUUGAUGCUCAGCUCCUGCCACCUCGGUUGGUUUUGUUUGCAACAUGGUGAGAACCAAAGGAUCAGAAACUGAUCAAUCGAGUGGCUCUGGGGGUCCCUAAGCAGCCCCUCCUGCAUUUGCAGACAACUGGCAGCACUUGGAACUGUGUCACAGGAGCCGGAGUUGAGCCAGAGCAGUCAACUGUUUAGCCCAAUUUGAGGAUGAGAUUGGAGUCCUCCAGCAUCUCUUGGAGAACAUUUUCAUGAAAUGUUACAAGCAUUCAUAAAAAUUGACUUAAAAUUUUGCUAGUCACUCUGGUGUUUAUUCUUCUGGUAGUGGACCAGAACCAGAAGCAGCAACAAAUUUGACACUGAGCUCCAGAAAUCUCAGAGGAAUGGGUUUUCUUCCUAUAAAUAGCCUGUGUCAGCAUUAUGGUAUCAUCAGCAGGGCAGCUUCCUCUGCCCUGAGCCCUGAUGAAAACACCAAAAAAUCCAGUUUCAUGGAAGGCGUCUGAGAGAGUGGCAGAUGACCCCACCACCACCACCACCACCAAGAACUGGGAACUAGCUGGGCAUGUGCCACCUUAGAAUGAAGGGAAAACACCUUCCAAAAUGCCAUGGAGGCAGUGUGGGAAGAUUGACACCGCAUGCCGAGUGUGACCGGCUAUAGUGGAGCUCAUCGGCACGUGGGCGGGGUGGGUGGAUAAGUCGCUGGCCCCAUCAAGGCCAAGUGCAAAAUGUCUUCUGGCUCUCUCCCUUCUGAAGCCUAGACAGGGAAAACCCCUGUUCUGGUGGCUUUUAAGUCCCCCAAACCAGUUGUUUCUGUGGCACUAAACUUUAAACAGGAAAUAAGCUCUUUUUUGAAGUUCAUGCCUGUUGCCUUGGGUAAAAUUUCAGAGAAAUGGGGAUAGGGUGGAAAUAGCUAGGGUGCCGUCCUCCCAGGGAGUCAUGCUCCGACCCACAUUCGGGUUUUCUGUCAUUUCGCUACACUUGUUCUUUGCCAUGUGCCUGGUGUAUGCAUGGGUGGGGGUGAGAGAGAGUGGCCUCGGUCAGCCUGAGACGGGCUCCCCUUCUGCACUGAUGCCCACAUCUCCUCAGCAAGGCUGCCCAGAUGAGGAUCUGUGCCAAUGGGCUUUUGGGAUCACCUCUUGCCUCUCCCCCUUCCUUAAUUAUUGUUCCCAGGGCCACGUGUGCUCAUCUCAGAGGUGGAAUCCCAGUUGUUUUGGACUGCUGUGUGUGCCUCCUGGUGAUGGCGGGCAUGUCUGCGGUGGUGGGUCACAGAGUGUUUUGUCGCAUCUUGGUCUGGUCUUGAUCAGUCUGGCUCUAACCCACUUGCUUUCAUGGCUGUUGAGAUGUUUUGGUUUCUGACCAUUAUGGGAUGUUCUCAUGGUGCUUGCUCCAGGAGAAGGCAGUGAAAAGGGAGGUGGGUGGACGGAGUGGGGAAGCAGAGGGGACAGAAGCUCAGUGGGCAGCAUUCUGCCACAUGGGGAGCCUGCGUCUUUGAGCUUCCAUUGGACUGAAGACAGGAACAAGGGCAGCAGCCCCUCGGGGUCAGCUCAGACUGAGCAUGGCAGGGAGGGGAGGGCUGGGCCUGGGAACUACUACUGAGGGCUUAUAAACAAUGAGUUGUUUUAAGGGUUUUUGCCACCCAGUCAGGCAUGACAGGUAACAUGUCUGUCUCAUGCCAGAACUUGGCCUGGAACCAGUAGUCAGGGUGGCCAGUGCCCGAAGGAGAUGCACAUCUCGGCCAGAAAGCCCUCCCCAUGUGCUCUGAGCUGACCAAGCAAGGGUUUCCCAGUGGAACUCCUUUGUGGAAGCAGGAGCACAGGCCAGGGGACCAGCAGAACUGGAUCCCAGGCUCUGGGGGGCCUGUAAUUCACCACAGGAUGGAACGAGGCCUGAUCAGCCUCCUC